AGAAGCAGCGCGCUCUUUCUAAACCAGGUCGGUUCUUCUCUAGUUGGGAUUUGUUUCCUGUUUUGGAUUCUAUGGAGAUUGGAGUCGUUGGAUCUGUUCAGGAUAAUAAGCAUGUUGAUAAAGCUGUUAAAUCUGGAAAAAUUGGUUGGAAUCCUAAUGUUGAAAUUGGGAGCAUGGUGAAGAGUAAUCGGGUGGUUAAGCCCACUCUUGCCUUUGAUUGCAGCUAUGGAAGUGGGUUUAGUGUGAAAUCACGAGAUAAUGGGCUUCCUCGGUCUCCUGGGUUUGCUUAUAGUGCUAGAGCUUGUCCCGACUUUGAUGAUAGUGAUGAUGAUUAUGAUGAUGAUGGUAUGUGUGCGUUCCCUGUAAAAUCCUUGGGUGAUAGGAACGUGAUGCCUCUAAUGUCUAGAUCAGUGCAUUAUGGGAAAAUGGACAGUGAUAGGAAUCGUAACCCUGACAUCCAUUGUGACUAUGAUAUUAGGAGUGAUGUCGACGAAGGAUGUGGGUUUGGGAAGAUAAUUUCUGGGGAUUGGAAAUCAGGGCCUUCAGGGUUGAGGUCGAAUAGCUAUUACAAGAAAGAUGGGAAUACUAGUUCUCAUAUGGAUUAUGGUGUUUUGAAUGGCGUCAGUUAUUCUAAGAGAUCAGGGUUUGUGAAGAAGAGUAAUGGUGGAGUCAAGAGAGGACGAGGUGGUGCUGUCAGUGAGGUAGUUUCAUCAAUUAAGCGAUUGGGAGAAGUGUUUUUGAAGAUGGAGAAGAUGAAGAUGGAAACAAUGAGGGAGAUUGAGAAGAUGCGAAUGGAGAUGGAGAUGAAGCAUAAUCAGAUGAUAAUCGAUUCGCAGCAACAAGUUGUCAAUGCAUUUGCAGAAGCAUUCUUGGAAAAGACACAGAAGAAGAAAAUGAAGACAAUGUCAACAAAUGGGGAUUUGUGAUUGCUAUAAGUCUAAAGUGAAGACAAUGUCAAACACGAGUAGCAGUUUCAAUUUUUUUUUGUUCUAGGAGUUUUAUAUAUAGUUUAGUUUGUCUAUAUCUAUAACUUGAAACUUGAAAGUGGAAAGUUUUUGGUCUCCAUGAGCAUAUGGAGCAUUGAGUUUUUAAUGCUGUGCCAGUUAUUUUGUGUGAGUUAAUGAAGUACUGUACUUCCUUUGAUCUUUCUGACCUGGACCUGGACUCACAAGAGAGCGUCAAAUUCUGUGACUUUUGUUUCAAAAUAUUAACUUAGCUUAUUUUCUUUGAAA